ACAUCUCCCUCCUGAUUCUUUUCUCUGCUUACAACUAAAUUGCAUUUCCAUUUCCUCUCUCUCUCUCUCUCUCUCUCUCUCACACACACACAAUCUCCCUCCAGACUCCUCUCUGCUUGCAAGUAAAUUCCCUCUCCCUCACACACACAUGGGGACUUCGAUUCUGCUCUCAAGCCCCUUGACUUCCUUCACUCACUUCCCCAAACCCAGACCUGCCCUCUCCAAUCCCACCUCAAUCCUCACUUACACAAAACCCAUAAAAACCUUCAACUCCAUAUUUCUUCACAACCCUCAAUUCUCUUCCAAACCCUUGAAGGCUUGCCAGAAAAUUUUCGUCGUGGGAGAAUCCGAUGGAAGCGUCAGCAGCACAGAGGUCAUCGUCGGCGAGGAUUCAGCGGAAUUUGAAUUCUCCAAGCAAAAGAUUUCAUCGUGGUUGUAUUUCAGUGGCAUUUUGGCAGUCGUACUGUUUGUUCUUGACGUAGCUUGGAUUGAUAAUUCUACUGGUUUUGGAAAAGUCUUUAUCGAAGCUGUUUCGAGCAUAUCAGAUAGCCAUGAGGUUGUUAUGUUGAUCCUUACUCUUAUUUUUGCGCUAGCCCACAGUGGAUUGGCCAGUCUUAGAGACCCUGGUGAGAAACUCAUUGGAGAGCGUGCUUUUCGUGUCUUGUUUGCGGGCGUAUCUCUUCCAUUGGCUGUUAGUACUGUUGUGUAUUUCAUUAACCACAGAUAUGAUGGUGUUCAGUUAUGGCAGUUACAGAGUGUUCCUGGUCUACAUCAAUUUGUUUGGCUCUCUUCUUUUAUUUCCUUUUUUUUCCUCUACCCCUCAACCUUUAAUUUGUUAGAGGUAGCAGCAGUUGACAAGCCUAAAAUGCAUCUUUGGGAAACUGGGAUAAUGAGAAUUACCAGGCACCCACAGAUGGUUGGGCAGGUGAUUUGGUGCCUGGUUCACACGAUGUGGAUUGGGAACUCAGUGGCAGCUGCAGCCUCGGUUGGCCUAAUCGGGCAUCAUCUAUUUGGCGUCUGGAAUGGAGACAGGAGGUUGGCCAUACGAUAUGGCGAGGCUUUCGAGGUAAUGAAGAACCGAACAAGUGUCAUCCCAUUUGCAGCCAUCCUAGAUGGCCGUCAGAAGUUGCCCAAAUAUUACUGGAAGGAAUUCGUUCGAUUACCAUACUUAACAAUCACUGCAUUAACUUUAGGUGCAUACUUUGCACACCCACUUAUGCAGGCUGGCAGUUUUGGGCUUCAUUGGUAGGUUAACUCCGACUUUGUAGCAAACCAGAGAAAACGCUAAUACAAAGUUGUAUAAUACUGCAUGUAUGUAGUGAAGCAGUGUGUUCACAGUUUCUCUUUUUAUGGAUUCGGAAGAAAAAAAUUCGACAAUUGUCAAGAUAGCCAAGUAAGAAGAUGAAGAAUUUGUCUCUCUUUCUGUAUUUAUGUCUUCUUAUGCCUAGAAGCUGAGGAUUGGCAAUGGGCCGGGAUAGCCCAUUUCGAAAAACUAUGGGCCAUGUUCUAGUUGUUGAGCCAGCCUUGAUGGGCCUGUAGAGGAUUGACCAUCGGGUUUUCCUGAUGGG